AGUGGAUGGCAAGAAAUGGUGGUUUAUAUAAAUUUGGCUGCUUAUUAUUUAUUUGGGCUCUCACUAGCAAUCUUUCUUGACUUUAAAGCAAACUUGGGUCCAAUGGGACUUUACGGUGGCAUAAUAAGUGGAAAUGCGCUUCAGAUCUUAUUCCUAUUGAUUAUGACUUCCAGAACCAACUGGGACAAUGAGGUAGAGCAAACCACGAAGCAGAAAGAAGUGGGGAAGCCAAGAAAUAAGAACUUGCUGAUAAUAGUAUAAGCUUCCUUAAGAACAUAAGCAUGAAAAGCUCACUCUGUGGCUGGCUGGCUGCACAAAAUUAAAGAAAAACUAUAGUUUAUGGUGUGUUUUCCUUCAACACUCAUGAGUUUCUGUGAUCAAAUAAAGGACAGCUGAGUCGACCGAUGACUUGGGAGGUAGUUGGAGUAAUUAAUAAGUAUAGGUGGGGAUUAGUAUUUUAAUUUUCAGAAUGGCCGGUGGGAAAGAAUGUAGAAAUCUAAUUGUAUAUUUGUA